AUGCCUCAGAGACCGUUGAUGCCCCAGCAUUCUGCCAUACCUCAAGCUCAGCCUCAGAACGCUGCCAGGAAACAAAAGAGUAAGAAGAAGAAGACGGCGCCGCCCCCGAUGGCCCAGGGAGGGGCGGUUAUCGCCGCUGGUGCUCAGUCUCUAGGCCAGCCUUCCUCGCAGCAGCAGGGUUAUGUGUCUCAGGGUUCGAUGGCUCCGAUGCAGGGUCAUCAUCACAUGUACCAGUUCCCCUAUAUUCCGUCUGGGUAUGAGCAGCAAGGACAGUUCUCUUCACAGUUUCAGCAGUCUGUUCAGUCUCAGCCAGGGCAGGGUGUGUAUGUGCCGCCACAUCAGCCAUCAGUGCCUCAGUUAUCUUUGGUUCAGCAACCACAGUCUAUGGCGCCUCAUAUGGGGGCGAUUGUGCAGGCGGCGGAGGUUGUCAAACCAGCUGGUAAGUCCAAAAAGAGUGUAAGGUGUUGGAAAUGUGCUGAUAAUUCGCAUGCUGUGAAGGACUGCAAGGUGGAUCAUUACUGUUAUAUUUGUGAUAAGAAGGCCCAUCCCACUGCUCGUUGCCCUGUUCUUAAGUUGCCGCGACCGUCCGUCUUUGUUUUUGGGUCUGGCCUUCUGGAGACUUAUUUUACUGCUUUUCCGGACUCAGUGGUUAAUGAUGAUCUCGCCCCGACUCAGUCGCCUAUUGCUCUUGUGGUGGUUACUGGUGAUGUGGUGCCUGCAGAUGUGAUCGCUAAGCAGGUGGCUCGCCGGUGUUCUGACCAUCCCAAUUGGAAGUGGGAGGCGGUUCCUCACAGUGAUAUGCAGUUCUUGGUUUCAGUUCCCUCCUUCGAUGAUCUUGACAGACUUGAUGGCAUUCAGGUGGGGGUGCCUUCCUUCAGCUCCUCUAUCUCGAUAUCUGCUUGGCGGUCAGCAGAGGUUCCUCACAAGGCUGAACUCGAGAAGGUGUGGCUGCACGUGGAUGGAGUGCCUCAUACGCUGCGACACUUUCUGGGUUUGUGGGCUGUUGGUUCUCUUGUUGGGAAGACUGUUGAUGUGGAUCUUGUUAGUCUGAGACGCAGGGCAGUGGUGCGUAUUCAGGUGGCCAUGCUUCAGGCUGGGGUUCUAGGGGACCCUUCUGAUGAGGCACGCCCGAUAGCUAAAGCUGAUGCUGUGGUUAAGUUUAAGGCUUUUGAGUUCCGCUUCCGUCGAGAGCCUGCAGAUUAUAUUCUGGAGCCGGAUUUUGUUCCUUUGGUUUGGGUUAAGAGAGAUGAUCCUGACGAGGGUGAUGAGGGUGCUACAGAUGGUGGGGAUGAUUCUAUGGAUACCUCUGAGCCGAGAGUGGGGCCUUCAGCUUCUGGGACUUCACAGGUUCAGCAGGGAGGAUCUAGCUCUUCAGCGCCUGGGGUUACUCAUGCUAUGGCACCUGUAUUUGCGGUCACGCCUUUUAAUCCUAACCCGCAGAUGCCACAUGCUAUUGAGGCAGUGAAGAGGCUGCGGGCAGUUAGUCCGUCUUUGGAGGCUCAGUCUGUUGCAGCGGCUAUUCCUCGCGUGUCGGCGGAUGAUUUGCGUAUGGCGCUAGAUGCAGUAUCUUCUGUUUCUUCUUUGUCUCCUGUGAUUGUCGUGGACCAUUCUUGCUCGGACAGGCCAGCCAGAGGGAGGGUGUGUACUCUCGCCCGUACUACUCCUGCGGCGGCGAGGCGGGCUGCGGCUGCCACGGCCGUACACGCGGGUGCGCUUUCUGGGGAGGAUGCGGCUGUUAGUUCGGGUGCGGGAGAGGUGGUGCCGCGAGGGGGGUCUUCUUCACCCUUACCACCUCGGACAUCCUCGCUCUCACCUAGCCGACGGGAGGCCGAGGCGCCUACGUCUCCUACGUUCGUUGCUGGUGGGGGCUCUACACCGUCCACGCCCCUACAGCCAGCUCCUACUUCCGCGGGUGCUACGGCUGCCCGGUCGGCCAGCACUCCUCCAGCUGCUGCGGUGGGACAGCCGGCGCUGCCUAGGGCGGCCACGGGCAUGGCCGACGCCAUGGUGCUUCCGGCCCCUGCUGUGGGUGCUGUGAGCCUCCCUCGGGUGGAGCCUGCUAGGGGAGGGUCUUCUUCGUCUAUCACCUCCCCUAGGGCUGCCACUGCUACGCGGGCCUCGGGCGCCUCGGCGGUGCCAAUUCGCCGAAGUUCCCGCCAUGGGGUCGGCACCGAUGGGGCGAUGACGACGGAUGAAGACUCCAUGGCAAGAGCCAUGCGUCGCAAGGCGGAGUCAAACCUUGACUUCUCAGUAUCAGUACGGGUUCUUCCUCGGAUUGAAGCUUUGUCAGAUCACGCCCCAAUUCUGUUGUCUACUGGUACACCCUUGCCGUCACGUAAACGUUCGUUCAAAUUUGAACUUGGAUGGCUUAAUCGUGAUGGCUUUUCGAAUAUGGUUAAAUCUAUCUGGGACAAACCCGUCGCUGGGAACACCCCAAUCCAAAGGUGGAAUAAUAAAUUACGCUCCAUGCGUAGAUACCUUGGAGGGUGGGCUAGGCAAAUGUCGGGGCAGCUCAAAAAAGAGAAACUCACUCUAUCAUCAGAUAUUGAUGCAUUAGAGGCUCUUGCUGAAGUACGUCCACUGACAACACAUGAGAUUGAACUUAAAAGUCAGUACAAUGCUAAGUUGGUAGGCUUACUUCGUGAGGAGGAACUCAAAUGGUACCAGAGAUCUAAAUCCCAGUUCUUGUUAGAAGGAGAUUCGAAUACGAGAUACUUUCAUAGUGUUGCCAAUGGUCGACAUAGAAAGAAACUCAUUCACUCUCUGGUUCAAGAUGAGGGGCUGAUCGAAGGUCGGGAGCAAUUAAAGUCCUAUAUUACUUCUUACUAUAAAGGCCUUUUUGGUGCCCCGGAGGAUUCAGAUGUAUCCAUGGAUGAAUCCAGGAUUGAUGAUAUUCCCCAAGUGUCUCCUGAAGAAAACGCCAUUCUUACCGCCCCUUAUUCCGAGGAGGAGAUAAGAAAAGCGGUAUUUCAAAUGGAACACAACAAGGCGCCAGGGCCCGAUGGUUUCCCGGCUGAGUUCUACCAAACCUUUUGGGACAUUAUCAAGCUGGACCUAUUGGACCUAUUUGCCGAAUUACAUAAUGGCCAACUGGAUAUGUUCCGUAUCAAUUUUGGUGAAAUUAUUCUUUUACCAAAAGUUACUGACGCUGAACAGAUCCAGCAAUACAGACCAAUAUGCCUUCUAAAUGUUUGUUUCAAGAUUUUCACAAAAGUUGCUACCAUUCGACUCAAUUCAGUGGCAGAUAAAGUGGUGCGUCCUUCUCAGACCGCUUUUAUGCAAGGUAGAAACAUCCUAAAUGGGGUGGUCACCUUACAUGAAACAAUUCAUGAGAUGCACCGCAAAAAGUUGAACGGGGUAAUACUCAAGAUCGACUUUGAAAAAGCCUACGAUAAAGUCAAGUGGUCCUUUCUUCAACAGACCCUUAGGAUGAAAGGUUUUUCUGACGAUUGGCGUGCUCUUAUUAAUAACUUUGUUUUUGGUGGGAGUGUUGCCAUUAAGGUCAAUGAUGACAUUGGCAAAUACUUCCAGACCAAAAAAGGGUUGAGAAAAGACCUCAGAAGGAAAAAGAAGAUUGCAAUCAGGUCCUUCUCUAUCCCCACCGGCGAGCAAGAGACCAGAGAGCCGCCGUCGGGCUUCAAGGCGGGGACGGCACCACUUGCAUUGAAGUCGACAAUGAACGCGACCUCCAAUCUCUGA